AUGCCAAGGAAUGGCUGUGGCCACACACUGCUGACCCCCCACAGUGGUACCCUGAGCUCCAAGAACUACCCUGGCACGUACCCCAACCACACCGCGUGCCGCUGGCGGCUGCACUCCCCCCCGGGCACCUCCCUGCUCCUGGCAUUUGGGGAUGUGGACCUGGAGCCCUCGGAGCACUGUGCCCACAGCUUCCUGCAGCUCACCGACCUCCAGGCUGGAACUACCUAUGGGCCCUACUGCAGGAACUCUGUCCCUUCCACCCCUUUCCUGGUGAUGAACUCCAGCACUGUGACUGUCCUGUUCAACAGCACCAGCCAUCGCUCAGGACGAGGCCUCCUUCUGUCCUAUGCCACCACACAGCACCCAGACCUGGUCUCCUGCCUGGUUCGAGGCACCCACUACACCCAGGAGCACAUCAGUGUGUACUGCCCUGCGGGCUGCAAGGACAUCGAUGGGGACAUCUGGGGCAACCCCAGCCAGGGCUACCGGGACACGUCGGUGCUGUGCAAGGCGGCCGUGCAUGCCGGGGUGAUCGCGGACGAGCUGGGCGGGCAGGUCACCCUGUCCCGGGAGAAGGGCAUCACCCUCUACGAGUCAGCCUCUGCCAACGGGCUCCACUCCAAAAGGGGAUCUCUCUCUGAGAAGAGGCUCAUAUUCCACAGAGCCUGUGAUGAUGCACUGGAGGUAGCUGCCUUCAACGCCUCAUCCUGGUGGCAUGAGAUGAAUGUGCUGGGCCAGGACAGGGCCUGGGUGGCUGAACGGGCAGCACUGGGCACUACUGGCCACUCCUGGGCAGCUGAACCUGGUGUUGAGGCUGCUUGGCUGGAGCUGGACCUGGGCACCCGCAGGAACAUCACAG